AUGAAGGUCUGUCUCACUCUGAUCUGCCUCCUCUUCCUCACAGCUCUGCAGGAUGGAGAAACUGUGAGAACCUUCAGAGGAAAGGAAGGAGGAAACAUUAAAGUUAGAUGUGAAUUUGAUUACUCAGGAACCAAAAGGUUCCUCUGUAAGAAAACAUGUGAAGGAGAAAAUAUUCUCAUUGAAACAACUAAAGAGAGAGAUGAGAGAGGAAGAUUCAGCAUCAGAUAUCAAAGAAGAAGUGCUACUAAAUCUGAUUUUCUACAUGUGAGCAUCACUGACCUGAAACCAUCAGACUCUGGACGGUACCGGUGUCGCUCAGAUGAAACCUUUGCUGGAACUUUAUACGAUCAUUUUGAUCUUGUUGUGACUGAAGAUUCUUCAAAACCAAAAUGGACUCCAAGAACUUUUCUAGGAUCAAUUUUUCUCCCUACAGCUUCAACAACAACAAAAACGACAUCAACUCAGAGUUUCUCUCCAUCUGAAACCAUCAAACUCUCUGAGAAACCAGCUGCAGCUUCAGGUCAGCAGCUUUAUCUGAUUCUCUCUAAUGUCGUCAAGAUCGUCUUGUUAGCAACACCUCUGGUGAUUUUCUGCUGGAAGAGGAGAACCAUGAAAAGUAAAGAUUCUGCUGUGGAAACUGAGAACGCAGAUGAAAUAUUUACAAUUUAUUCCUGAACUGAAAGAAUCACAGCUCAAAGUUCAGAUGAAGAACAUUGAAGUUUUCACAAUUAAACAAUCAGAAAUCAAACAUAUUACACAGUUUCAUAGAGAAGCUAAAUGUUGAAAUAAGUUUUAUUAUUGAAAAUAGUUUCUCUAUUCAGUGUUACAUAAGUUGUUUGAAAGAUGAUCUGAUUAAUGUGCUGUGACCGUUUUAAUGUUUAUUUUUAACAUGUUUUAAAUAUGCAAAUGUUUUCAUGUUUAUAUUUUUGCCUCUUUGGUUUGAUUUAUUGUGCCCAUGUGAUAUAUAUUGGUUCUUUAUGACGACGUUUCUCUGCUUGUUUCUUUUUCUCUGUUUUAAAUUUGCUUUUGAACAAGUUUAGCAAUGAAACAAAUAAAAGUUUUUAUUAUUAUUCAACAGGAAUGUUUUUCUGACUGUGGU